GAAGAUCUCUCUCUUCUUUCUGUUCUUGAUUCUAGCAUUCUCACCAUCAAUCCCUCAGAAGUGAGGCCACAUUAAUUUCUUGAUUCGUUGGGUCUCCAUGGAAACCCUAAGUUCCACAGUCCCUGCCCUCCCUUUGUUCUUCUUGAUGUUUCUCUUCAUUUACCUCGUCGCUUUAUUCGGCGUCUUCCGCAACUGGAACCCUAAACUCCGCCCGGAAGCCUCGAGCUGCUCAAUCUCUUUAGCCCAUGGCACACCCGCGGUUUUCUUGGCUGCUUUUGCAAUCCUGAAGGUAGAUCAAUCUCAAAGGGGCUUCGCCUCCCCAAACACUAGUUUCCAGAACACGGUGCUUGAUUUCAGCAUUGCUUAUUUCCUGAUGGAUCUCCUUCACUUUCUCAUCUUCUUCCCUAGCGAUUUGCUUUUCAUUGGCCAUCAUCUAGCGACCCUGUUCGUGUUUUUGACCUGUCGGUACAUGGUCUUCCAUGGUGCCUUCGCCAUUCUUGUGCUUCUAAUCCUUGCGGAGAUCACCAGCGGUUGUCAGAACAUUUGGACCCUCGCCAAUGCCCGCAGAGCUGACUUACCCGCUGCUGCCAGGCUAUACGAGCUUUUGUCUCCUCCCUUCUAUGCCUUCUACUCUGUGGUUAGAGGGCUUGCGGGACCUUCUUUCGUCUACAAGAUGGGGGUCUUCUAUGCAAGUGGUGCAGCUGACAAUGUGAUCCCAAGGUGGGUUUCACUCUCCUGGUUGGUUGUGGUUGUAAUGGCGAUCUCCGUGAGCAUAUUAUGGGUAUCGCAUCUUUGGCUGGAUUUGUACAGAGAAAGAAGCAGCAAGAAACUCGAGAAGAAGAAAACAACUUAGGAAGGGUGGUGCAUCGAGUUCUUAAUCGAUUGAGUCAAUUCAUGGCUUUGUUUCAUCAAUUGUAAACUCAAAAAGAGUUUGGAUUUGUUUCAGAGUCUGUUUAAUAAUUUGCUGAUGACAGUGUCAGUAAAAAGAUCGAUUUGCAUCUGGGCUCAAUUUCUUCUGCAAUAUUAACAGAAGAUUCCAACGUCUGUUCGCUGACCAACAUAUUUUCUCAAUUAGUUUGUAUUACUUGUACAGGAAAUUUUAGUUUCUUAUUUUUGGUUGGCUUUAAGUCUGGCUUUUCAAAUGCUGCAA